GACGACACCGUGCGAACAAAGGAGGGUCUCGAUGACGCUGCUGGUGUCGCCGUCGUCUUCGACGAAGAUGAUGAGGACGAGGGCGGUGACUACAUCCACGAGUUGGGUGACGAUGAGGAUGACGACGAUGACGACGAGGGCGGCAAGAUGGAUGACGACAGGGACGAUCGCGGCAUCCACGCCACGCUGCUCGAAGCGGAUGACGAGGAGGAGGAAGCCAAGAAGGAAGACAAGUACAACGUCGACAUUCAGAAGAUUGAUGCGCACUG